CCACCAAUCCCAAACACCUUUCCUUGCCUUCUCGUUUACCUGACAUCAGAACAACAAUGUGUUCAAACUAGUGCACUAUAAAUAAUAACAAGAAUUGCAUACCCAAGUCUCAUCUAAGUAAGUAAACACAGCUAAUAUAGGAGUCAAAGUGUGUGAAAAAGUAAAAGGAAUGGAGAAUCACCAGCAAAACCAAGUCAAUGGAGGAAGCAAGAGAAUUGUAGCAGUAGCUGAGAGUCCAUUACCUUCUUCCAAUAAUGAUCAUCACGAGCCCCAGAAACAUGGCUGGAAAAAUUUCUUUGCAUACGUGGGACCUGGUUUCCUUGUUUCUUUGGCAUAUCUUGAUCCAGGGAAUUUGGAAACUGAUUUGCAAGCAGGAGCAAACCAUGGAUACGAGCUUCUUUGGGUGAUUCUCAUUGGAUUGAUAUUUGCUCUUAUUAUUCAAUCACUUGCUGCUAAUCUUGGAGUUAGCACUGGCAAACAUUUAUCAGAAUUAUGCAGGGCUGAAUACCCAAUAUUUGUUAAGUACUGUCUGUGGAUUCUAGCUGAGGUUGCUGUCAUUGCUGCAGAUAUUCCUGAAGUGAUUGGGACAGCUUUUGCUCUUAAUAUAUUGUUCCAUAUUCCUGUUUGGGUUGGAGUUCUUUGCACUGGUGUGAGUACUCUCCUCUUCAUUGGCCUGCAGAGAUAUGGGGUGAGAAAGCUAGAAUUGCUAAUAGCAGUGCUAGUGUUCGUAAUGGCGGCGUGUUUCUUCGGGGAAAUGAGUUAUGUAAAACCUCCUGCUAAAGAAGUAGUCAAAGGAAUGUUCAUUCCUAAGCUUAACGGUAAUGGCGCCACCGCUGAUGCUAUUGCCUUGUUGGGUGCUCUCGUCAUGCCGCACAACCUUUUUCUUCACUCAGCACUUGUGCUCUCUAGGAAAAUACCACAUUCGGUUCGUGGCAUUAAUGACGCAUGUAAAUACUUCUUGAUAGAGAGUGGAUUUGCACUGUUUGUGGCGUUCCUAAUCAAUGUAGCAGUUAUCUCUGUUUCUGGUACUGUUUGCGGAGCUGACAAUCUCUCUCAAGAGAAUAAAGAUAGUUGCAGCGACAUCACUUUGAACUCUGCUUCUUUUCUUCUCAAGAAUGUACUUGGAAAAUCAAGUUCUACUGUUUAUGCUAUUGCAUUAUUAGCCUCGGGACAAAGCUCUACCAUAACUGGUACUUAUGCUGGUCAAUUUAUCAUGCAAGGAUUCUUGGAUCUUAAGAUGAAGACAUGGUUAAGGAACUUGAUUACUAGGCUUAUUGCUAUUACUCCAAGCCUUGUUGUUUCAAUUAUUGGAGGAUCAUCUGGAGCUGGCAGGCUAAUCAUUAUUGCUUCAAUGAUACUUUCUUUUGAACUUCCAUUUGCUCUCAUUCCAUUGCUCAAAUUCAGUAGCAGUUCCACCAAGUUAGGACCACACAAGAAUUCAAUUUAUAUUAUCGUGAUCUCGUGGAUACUUGGGCUAGGAAUCAUUGGCAUCAAUAUCUACUACCUCACCACAGCCUUUGUAGAUUGGCUAAUACACAACAAUUUGCCUAAAGUUGGAAAUGUGUUCAUUGGGAUCGUAGUAUUUCCGUUGAUGGCUAUCUAUAUUCUAGCAGUGAUUUACCUUAUGUUUCGAAAAGACACAGUUGUUACCUACAUUGACCCAAUCAAGGACAAUCCAAAUGCUCAACGUUAUAUGGAAGAUGGAACAAACAAUGUGGAAUUGGUAGAUCGUGUUCCUUAUAGAGAGGAUCUUGCUGAUAUCCCACUGCCACAAUAAGUUUAAUUCUCAUUGUAACUUUUUGCACUCUUAAUUUUGUGCUGUCCUAAAAUAAAAUAAAAGGGGUCUGUGUUAUGGUGUCUGCUUCAUAUAUCUCACGAUUUUGGCAUUAGUUUGUAACUAGGUUCAUCACCCAAAUCUUGAAUCACAUCACUUGAGUAAGCAACCAAACCUUGCAUAUCCAAUUCCGUUCCGGUGUCAUACCAA